GGGGAGGGAGGGAAGGAGGGGGAGAGAGAGAGAGAGAGUGGAAACCACUCAACACUUGGAUCGUCUGCAAGUCUUUUUUUUCCUUCUGUGUGUGUGUGUGUGUGUGUGUGUUCACAGGCAGAACCAAAUGGAGGGAUUUUCCAGUUGCCUGUUGGUGUAUGUGUGUGUGAGCUCAGUGCUGGGAACUGCUGCUGUGCUCAAACUGUUGCCCCAAGUGCAGAUCUCUCAGCGUUUGGUCCUCUCUGCUGGUCUCCUGGUCACCCUGGAGCGUCUCUGCUACACCUACCUGGGAGGGUUCACAGGCUCUGUCAUCUGCUGGCUGACAUUCCUGCUCUUCCUCUUCCAUUCCUUCUCUCCCCCUCAGCUCUCUGUCCAGGGGAAGGCAGUGUUUAUCACAGGCUGCGAUUCAGGAUUUGGAAAGACCAUCGCUCAACAUUUUGAUUCCAUGGGCUUCAAAGUUUUUGCCACGGUGCUCAAUAAAGAUGGGCCGGGUGCAAUUGAGCUUGUGCAGAUGUGCUCGGAGGAACUCACCCUAAUUCAGAUGGAUUUAACCAAGCCUCAGGAUAUUGAGAACGCUGUUCAAUUCACGAAAGAGAAACUUGGUGAAAAGGGCUUAUGGGGUUUGGUCAACAAUGCCGGAAUCUGCAUUAAUAUUGGUGAUGCUGAGCUCUCACUCAUGUCCAACUACAGAGGCUGCAUGGAGGUCAAUUUCUUUGGUGCCAUUACCAUUACCAAGGCCUUUCUUCCUUUAAUACGCAGAGAAAAAGGCAGAAUCGUAAACGUCUCCAGUCCAGCAGGAGAAACUCCGUUCCCCUCUUUUGCUGCAUAUGGAGCAUCUAAAGCCGCCCUGACCCUGUUCACAAACAUUUUACGUCAAGAGCUGAACUUCUGGGGAGUGAAGGUUUGCACCAUACUCCCAGGAUUCUACAAAACAGCUAAAGUACAGGAUCAUACACACUGGGAGCAACAAAACUGUAAUCUGCUCAAAAAUCUCUCUUCGGAGUUGCUCCAGGACUAUGGAGAAGAGUAUAUUCUGGAGAUAAAGAACCAAUUUCUGAAACGUAUACACUUUGCCAAGGAGGAUUUUAGUCCUGUGAUUGACAGUAUCACAGAUGCUGUUCUCUCAACUAAUCCGAGACCAAGAUACUAUGCUGGAAAAGAUGUCAUUAUUCAAUAUAUUAUUCUCAAUUUUUUACCAAUAACAAUAAGUGAUUUACUUUUCAACAGAUUCUUUAUACAGCAUAAAAUUUUACCCAAGGCUUUGCACAAGUAGAGAAACCCAAUCUACGAACAUGGAAAGCAUCCCCCCCACCUCCACCCCCAGUCUAUAAGUAUCCUAAUAAACUGUUUUGGUAACUCUCAAAGCAAAAGUGACAAAAUAGUAGUUUGUUGUAAUUGAGGGCAGUGAGGUAUGGUUUUAACAUCAGACGAUUUGUACAGAGAUUACACAAGAGUGCAUAAAAAGCAAAUUUGAAGGAAAUACCCUCACUAGUGGUAGAUAACACUGCAGACCUGAAGCUUGAUUUCCUGCUUGCAUUCUUAAUCUAGCUCUAAUCUGUUAUCUUAUUGUGAAUUAUGUUGCAUCGUUCUUAAAAUUCCUAUAGCAUUCCACUGUUUUAUGAGUUAACCAUGCUACGUCCUCAAGGGUUUUGUUUUGCAGAAUAUGAGCUCCCAAACAGAAGGUCGGGUUGGUCUGUUCUUGUUUAAUUUUGGGCAGGCAAAAAUAUGAGUUAGCAAUGGAACAAUUAUAUUUUUGGACCAUCAUUUUUUGUUGACUCCUGUCACAAAUUCUACUCUCAAUUCCUCCCUCGAAGGUGCUGACAUGUGUAGGAGAUGGUUCCACACGCACUGGACACCCACCCGAAUGGCCAUUCUUUAUGCGUGACCCUUGAUACACAUCUAUUCUCACUGGAUGACCUCCCUCUACAAAAGCACUUAUAUUUUACCUCAGUUAUUCUGUUAAGCUGAAUGGCGAUACAUGUGCCAUAAACUCAAAUGGUGAUGCUUA